AUGGCUCCAGUAACUAACGGACGUCUCUUGUUCAAAGAAAUCCCGACCGGGUAUCCCGUGCCCGGAAAGACCACCGUCUAUGACACCUCCGAAACCAUUGACUUAGAGAGCGUCUCUCUGAGAGGGGGGUCACUUGUAAAGGUACUCGUACUUUCAAGCGACCCCUACUUGAGAGGAAGAAUGCGGGACGUCACCAUUCCGAGUUAUUCGUCCGCCUUUCCUAUAGGCAAACCGCUCGACAAUCUCGGUGUUGGUGUGGUUUUGCGUUCCGAAGAUCCUGCGUUUAAAGCGGGGGAUCACGUUUACGGAACCUUGCCAUUCGAGCAGUACACGAUCCAAGGACGUGGUGCUCGGCUGCGUGUUUUGAAGAACGAGGUAAAGAUUCCCUGGUCGACGUAUAUCGGGGUAUGCGGCAUGCCUGGUCAAACUGCUUACUGUGCCUGGAAAGAGUACGCAUUUGCAAAGAAGGGUGAGGUUGUGUUCGUCACGUCAGGCUCUGGACCUGUCGGAGCCACCGUUAUCCAGCUCGCGAAGGCCGAAGGCCUCAAAGUCAUCGCAUCUGCAGGCUCUGACGAGAAAGUAGCGUUCAUACGCUCUAUUGGUGCCGACGUCGCCUUCAAUUAUAAAAAGGAGUCUACGUUGGAAGUUUUGCGGAAGGAGGGACCUAUCGACAUCUACUGGGAUAAUGUAGGAGGCGAAACGCUUGAGGCGGCGAUAGAUACCGCUACUGUGGGAGCUCGUUUCCUCGUGUGUGGCUGCAUCUCCGAGUACAACGGCCAGCCUCCCUAUCAUGUCAAGAACCUGAACCUCAUUUUCGCAAAGGAGUUGAAAAUUUCUGGGUUCAUUAUCUUCAAUAUUCUUGCGAAGUAUGAGGAGCAAUUCUACGCAGAAAUUCCGAAGCGCGUGGCCAGUGGGGAAAUCAAGUACCUGGAGGACGUCACGCGCGGUCUCGAGAAUGCUGGGCAGGCCAUCUUAGACGUACAGAAGGGUUUGAACAAGGGCAAAAAGGUGAUCGUGGUAGCAGAGGCCUGA